AUGUCCCACUCGACGUCUCAUGGGCGCGAGUCAUCUUCACGUCGGACCAGCAAGACCGCCUACGACUCGCAACGCUUCGAGCAGCGGCGCGAGAAGGCCAAGAGCAGCCAGAGCUUCGCGCAAUACCAAAAUCUCUACCAGCAGCGCGCCGAUGGCCUGCGGAGGGGGAGCCUGCGGCCGGCAAACGCAGACCCGGAUGCGGACGAGUUGGGCAGUAAUAUCGGUGCGGGAGGAGGUGUUGGUGAUGGAGGUGCAGCCCGUGCAGCAGCAUCCGAGCGGCCUCGCCUCAAAGCACGAACUAAUAGUGCCCCCCUUGUCACUGACCGGGGCCGCUUGACGGGGGGCCAGCAGCAGCAACGCCGCGACGAUGAUGAGUCGCGCCGCCAACACCGCCCUCCUGCCCCUACCACCACUGCUCCGUCUCCGAACAUAGACGUCGACGGCCAGGAUGAGGACGAAACUCUCGGCGUCGUAGGUGCGAUACGCCAGUUCCACCCUUUUCAGACCCCAGAGCUCUCGGAGCCAUUGCCAGAAAUCAACAUCGCAGUCAUCGGCGCCGAAGGUGUCGGCAAGUCGACAUUUCUCCAAAACGCUCUCGAACUACCUUCUCUCCCACCCUCGCAAGUCGCCGAACGAAAGAUCCCCAUUGACGGAAGUCUCUACCUUGUACGACUGCUCGAGCUGCCGAUUGAAGAUCUGGAUAUUGACGACGAUGAAACGAUCAAUUGGCCGGACACAAUUGAGGAUAAGAUGAUGCCGAGAGUUGAUGGUGCAUUGGCAUUGUACGACGUCAAGGAUAAGGCAAGCGUUGAUGAGCUGCCUGAAAUGCUAACUGCGAUCACUAAAGCUUCCCUACCAACGAUACUCGUUUCGUGCAAGUGUGACACUCCACCUUCAGAACGUGAGCUUGAUCCAGAACAGGUUGAGAAGAGGGCGAAAGACGCCAUCGCGAGUCUCGGCACGUUGCAAAUAUCAGAGAUACGACCAGAGAGCCACAAGCGCGGGAUUUUUAUGAUUCUGAACAACAUCAUCAACUCUCAGCAAGAGGAACAUCUACGGAGCUCGUCGGCAAGCCGUCGCAGGGCACAGUCCAGCGCUGUCCGUCCAGUCUCGCCGCGACAUUCUGGGCCUUUGGGACAUUCGCGUGCCAGCUCUGAAUACACCGGCAGACUCCUCAAAGACCAAUCUCAUUACAGACACGACUCCACCAUAGCUGGCCACACCUCCAACGAUCGCCUGCGGGUGCCGCAGGACGAUCAGAUGAAUAGUUCAUUCUUCAUCGAGGAGUCUGCGAGCGAGGCCUCACGGACGUCUUCUCGCUCGUCUGUGAGCGGUGAGCAACAAGCAUUGGCAGGAGCGACACCUUCCUCGGGCAGCUUCUCUGAACAGGGUGCUACAUUCGACGAACUGGUUGAACGGUUACUUGCACAACCCACUUCGAAAGCAGACCUCAAAUUCGCUGCCAUCUUCCUUGCAUUGUACCGAAAGUUCGCCGCUCCUGGCAAGUUACUGGAGGCCGUUGUUGAGCGUUUUGAUGCGCUGGAACGCGGUGGUGUCCCGCAGAUCUUCAAGACACAGACGCAGCUGCGCUACGUCAAUCUUCUAGAGCAAUGGGUGGGCUGGUACCCUGGCGAUUUUGCAUAUCCCAAGACCAAACGGCGGCUACGAACAUUCAUAUCCAAACUGGCGGAGCUUCGAAUCUUUGCGUCUGCGGCGAGAGAGAUCAGUGUUGAUAUCGAGAACGUGCGAGAAGAUGACGAUACCAACUGGGCAUUUACCGACAAAGAGCGGGAAAUCUCUGGAGAUGACGCGCGCAACUCGAUGUCUUCAACUGCGAGUACGCUGAUUGAUGACCCUAUGUUUUCCAUGGAGCACGAGCUGAGCGGCAGCACCAUCAACGAAGACGGUUCAACAGACCAUCUACCGAAGUUCGCGAACCAGAUGAUGGCUCAUGUCGAGCAGGCUCAGAGACAGGCCCAACUCCUGGAAGCAGUCCCUCGCAAUCCACUAAGCAAGGUGCAAUGGCGAGCCUUGAUGGAGAUUCCCGACGAUCUAAUAGCCAGAGAGCUUACCAGAAUGGACUGGAUCAUGUUCUCAUCGAUUCGUCCACGAGACCUGGUCAGAAACAUCUCACUCUCGAAAGACAUGAAGGCUGCUUGCAAAAAUGUUGUACAUGUCAACCGCAUGACUGAUCAUUUCAACCAGCUGGCAUGUUGGGUCGCAAACUACGUCCUUCUUCGGGACAAGCCUAAGCACAGGGCAUUGAUGCUGGAGAAGUUCAUGCGAGUAGCCCGAAAGCUGCGAGAACUCAACAACUACAACGCUCUAGGGGCCAUCAUCGCAGGCGUUAAAUCUACUUCCGUGCAUCGAUUAGGCGCCACGAAAGAACUUCUACCGCAGGCGGUAGGCAAGGACUGGAUGAAGCUGGAGAUUCUCAUGUCACCUUCUCGCUCAUACUUUGCUUACCGCCUGGCGUGGGAGAACAGCUCGAGUGAGCGUAUACCGUAUCUCCCUCUUCAUCGACGAGAUUUGGCUGCCGCAGAGGAAGGCAAUCGAACUUUCACCGGGGAUGAGAACGAGGGCCGAAUCAACUGGAAGAAGUUUGAGAUCAUGGGCGAUGUCAUCGUCAGCUUGCAGCGGGCGCAGGGUAUGCCGUAUACGAAUCUAGGUGGUCCCAAGGGGAACGACCAGGUUCGAGAGCUCAUCCUCGAUGUCAAGCUCAUCAAGGAUGAGGAGGAUCUAUAUGAACUCAGCUUACAACGUGAGCCAGCUGCCGGGACCUCAGGAGGUCCAUCAGCGAAAUUCCGAGAGUUCUUCAAGCGAUGA